AUGGCUCCCUCAAACCUCCCCGCCAUCUUCAACCCGACGCAGCAGGACAUCGAGAUGCUCCUCGCCGCCCAGAGCCACCUCGGAUCCAAGAACCUCCAGGUGCACAUGGAGCCCUACCUGUGGAAGACUCGCCCCGACGGUGUCAAUGUCAUCAACAUUGGCAAGACCUGGGAGAAGAUUGUGCUCGCUGCCCGCAUCAUUGUCGGCAUUGACAACCCGGCCGACAUUUGCGUCAUCUCCGCCCGUCCUUACGGCCAGCGUGCUGUCCUCAAGUUCGCCGCUCACACCGGUGCCGUCGCCAUUGCCGGUCGUUUCACCCCCGGUAACUUCACCAACUACAUCACCCGCUCGUUCAAGGAGCCACGCUUGAUCAUCGUGACCGACCCCCGCACCGAUGCCCAGGCCAUCAAGGAGGCUUCCUACGUCAACAUCCCCGUCAUUGCCCUUUGCGACACUGACUCCCCCACCGAGUACGUCGAUGUUGCCAUCCCCACCAACAACAAGGGCCGUCACGCCAUUGGUCUCGUCUGGUGGAUGCUUGCCCGUGAGGUCCUCCGCCUUCGUGGCACCCUCGCUUCCCGCGAGGCUGAGUGGGACAUCAUGACCGAUUUGUACUUCUACCGCGACCCUGAAGCCGAGGAGAACAAGGACUCUGCUGGCGUUGAGGAGGCCAAGGUCCCCGGUGCCGAUGAGGUCGGCCCCAGCGCCGUUGAGGGUGGCUUCAGCUCCGAGUGGGACGUCUCUGGCGCCAACCCCGGUGCUUUCACCGGCCAGGCCGCACAGGGCGGUAACUGGGACGCCGAGCCCUCCACCGACUGGGCCGCCGCUUCUGGCCCCGUGGAGACUGGCAACGAGGGAUGGGGUGCUGCCAACGACACCACCGCUGCUCCCGCUUCCCAGUGGUAGAUGCUGCUGCGCGGCUCCUCUUUCGCAUCAUACCUUUGAACUCUUCCCCUUUUCAUACCCUCCUGUACUCUUGUACUGACAAAUAUUUGCAUUUCUCUUUCAAAUCUGUCGGCGUAGGAGCACGGGGAACAGGAAAAACAAUUCGGGGACCAAAGAAAUCUCAAAUAUGAAAAAGCACUCACCCAAUCCUCCACAUGUCCAAUCGCACAAACACGCACACUGUCAAGGGAAUCAUCAACCACCACUACUUUUUUUUUGUUUUGUUUCUUUCUUGCGCGGGGACUUGAUUCAGAGUUGCGGGAAUCGUAUCAAUCGUUCCAAAGCACUUAUGAGGGAAAGAUACUCGGACUUCUUGUUAUUCCAAAAGGGAAAACAGAAGAGGAAUGAGGGAAAGCCCUGUGCUCUGGUGAUCGGGCGUUCUUGAGCUGAGCGCCCAAUUCCCGAACAAAAAAGCUUUUGAAAACAGAAACAAUCUCACGCUGAAACAAAACACAAAAAACAAUCCCGUUCUUGCAUCCCUACCGUUUUCUUUCUGUCUUGUUGUUUUCUACGUGCUUGAUGAUGGGCCCCUACCCUAAUGAAUCGCCUUGUCGUGAAGAACCCCCCAAGACUAACAUGGCAGAUUAUUGAGAACCAUGGCUGAUCCUCAAUACCAUGUAACCCAAACCCAAAACCGCGAAAUCUCUCUGAAAAAUCAAUCCACAAUCAAGCAUGUCGAGCACCUCCAUACUCCUGAUUCAGAGUCCAGUAGAUUACAGAGCACCAAACCCCCGCCAUGCCAUCUUCUUCUCGCAAACAUUCCAAUAUUUCAUACACUUUUCACACACACACACACAUGACUUACCACUUUCCAUAACAUUCUCCAAACUCCUCCUAUAAUAAGCCAGGAAAAAAAAAGAAAAGAAAAAAGAAAAUUGCGGUCAAACGUUACAGUCAGUAGUCCAAAAAGCACCAACAUGGGCACAAAAACAUAUAAAACACAUUUAACAAUAAGCAUGAUGCCAUCUAAAAACUAAAAUUUGUCAACAUCAAACAUCGACUCGAAUUCAAACACUCGACGAAAUUCCUUUUUUCUAUUUACUGUUGAUCUUUUAUUUCUCCUAUCCCCCCCCCCUUUUUUGUUUUUCCCUCUACUUGCU